AUGUUACCGAAGACUCUAGUUGUGGUGCAAGUCCUGCUGGCCAUCUGCCACGGCUCCCUGGCCGAGAAAAUGAUGCGGCCCAAAUUCAAGGAGAUCAAAAUCUGGAGCGACGAGAAGUUCGUCAGCCACAAGGUGGUGUACGACAACAGCGAUCCGCACCUGAACUUCUCGAUGGAGGUGCACCAGGAGCUGAAGGACGUCGACAUCCACCUGGAGGUGCGCAUCACCAACAAGGUGGACUCCCACUACACGACCACCCUGGUGACCACCCUCAACGUGUGCCGCAUCCUGGGCUUCGCGAACCAGUCGCCCGUGGGCCGCUUUGUGCACGGCUUCAUCCGGGAGUUCGGCCACAUCAUCGACAACUGCCCCAUCGCCAAGGGCGCGUACUUCAUCAACAAGUUCUGGUGGCCCGAGGACCCGACCACCGCCAUGCUGCCGGAGCUCGAGUUCGACAUCAUCUGGCAGGCCCAUCUGCUGGACGCCGCCAAGAAGCGCACUCUCAUAAUGGACGAUCACUUCACCGGGGAGUUCAACGUCCAGGACGUGAACAACCUCAAGCCUGGCAUAUUCGCCAUGCUGCCCAAGACCGUCUAG